GGGAGGGAGAGGCAGAGCACAUAGACGAGCAGGCAGAGCAAUCAGGAUACAGCUGCUUCAGCACCGACAUGAUCCAGAGUAGAGAGGUGGGGAGUUCGUCUGCAGAGCACAUAGAUGAUCCGCAAGCACAGAGUGGCAGCAGCAGCGCCCCCUCCACCUCCUUCUGUUCCAGCUCUCACUCACUGACACAACUAACUUCUUGUCUGUGCGCUGAGCUUUAGCUUCCUCUCUCCACCUGUUGGACCUGCAGCACACAGGACGCUUUCUGUACCUCCUUUGGCUAUACACCAGGCACCGGUACAAUAAGUCGUUACAUUGUAGCAAGUUGCUCAUUUAAAAAAAAAAAAAAAAAAAAUACCUUCUGAAGUUCUCUGAAGCUCAAGCACCAGACCUUGAGGAUGGAUCAGGCUCUGGAGUUCAGUAACCACAGUGAGCUGUCACUGGAGCUGAAUGGCUCCUCGGGGAACACCACUCUAGUUAAACCCCUCCUGGGCAUUGGGGUAGAUAAUAUCAUUGUCCUGGUCAUUUUCGGCAUCAUAUUCGCCCUAGGGGUCUUGGGCAACUCAUUGGUCAUCACUGUGCUGGCUAGGAACAAGCCGGGGAAGUCCCGCAGCACCACCAACAUCUUCAUCCUCAACCUCAGCAUCGCUGACCUGGCUUACCUGCUCUUCUGCAUCCCCUUCCAGUCCACAGUCUAUGUCUUGCCAACCUGGGUGCUGGGGGCAUUCAUCUGCAAGUUCAUUCACUACUUCUUUACUCUGUCCAUGCUGGUCAGCAUCUUCACCCUCUCUGCCAUGUCUGUAGACCGGUAUGUGGCCAUAGUGCAUUCCAGGAGGUCCUCCUCCAUCCGUGUCUCCAGGAAUGCCCUCCUAGGAGUUAUCCUCAUAUGGAUCCUCUCCAUAGCCAUGGCCUCUCCUGUUGCCUACAAUCAACGUAUCAUCCAUAGGAGCAACAACCAGACCUUCUGCUGGGAGUACUGGCCAAACCUCAGACAGAAGAGGAUAUACGUAGUAUGUACCUUUGUCUUUGGCUAUCUAAUCCCUUUGCUGCUCAUCUCUUUCUGCUAUGCUAAGGUCCUCAAUCACUUGCAUAAAAAAUUAAGAAAUAUGUCAAAAAAAUCAGAGGCUUCAAAGAAAAAGACAGCACAGACAGUUCUCGUGGUGGUUGUUGUGUUUGGAAUAUCUUGGCUUCCCCACCAUGUGAUCCAUCUGUGGGCAGAAUUUGGAAGUUUCCCUCUUACUCAAGCCUCGUUUGUCUUUAGAAUUACAGCGCACUGUCUUGCCUACAGCAACUCUUCGGUUAAUCCUAUCAUCUAUGCUUUUCUAUCUGAAAAUUUUCGAAAAGCCUACAAGCAAGUAUUUAAAUGCCAGAUUGGUUGUGACUCCAUGCAGAGUGAUGCUAAAGAAAUAAAAAGCAAAAUGGAAACACCACCAUCCACGAACUGUACUCAUGUCUGAACAUGCAUGCAAUCAUCACAAUGUUACAUUUUGUUCGUGCAGUUGCAAGAUUCAAAAGCACAAUGUCUAUUUGGCACAACCUGCAAUUUAGUUGUCUAGUUUUUAUGUAGCUGGUGUCUGCUUCAGUUAGCAUUGUACAUGUUCUGAGCUACUAUAACUAUAUAGUUAGGUAAGGAAACCAUGCAGUACUUUGACAAAAAGACAUACAAUAGGGACGCCUCAAUUACUUUUUAAAAUGUAUGAUACAAUAUUUUUUAUUUCUAAAGAGAAAUAUCGCAAAGUACUACUUGAUUGUUUCCAUAUUGUGUAUUUAAUGCCAAAUUGUCAUUACGUGAUUUAAUGUGAUGUUAUGUUUGUUUAAAAAAAGUUAAUGCUGCUGUAAAAUAUUGAUAUGUAGCUAAAUAGUAGACCUCUUCACAUCAAAAAAAAAUUGGUUUAUCCAAAUUGAUUUGUAUCAAUAUUAUUUUUAGGUCAGAAAGACAGAAUUUCACCCAUGUUGCUUUUAAUUUUGGACAAAUUGUGUCCAAACAAAAUAAUUCAGAUGAGUGGACAAUGCAACAAAAAAAAUCCAUGGGGGUCAGCAUGACCCCCAUAUUAGUAUAAGGGAGGUAUAAUACCUUCCUUAUGCUCCCAUCUGCUAUGCUGCUGGUGGGGGCAUGUAUGCUAAAAAGUGAGUGGCCAGCUGUUCACUGUAAUUGUGCACUGUGAGUGCAGCUGCUCAAUGUAAUUAGAAACUAGUGACUAGGCAACUGCUGAAGAAGUGACUCAUCCUUGUUUGUGGUCUGUAAAAUAUUGGGGAAGGAACUGGCACAAGUUCCCGCAAAGCCCUUACCAGUGGAUAUUGUAUAAGAGUGUACAAUUCAAUAAUGUGACAUGUCCACACCCUACCCCUACCAAUUCACAGCAAGUGGAGGUUCUAUAAUAGCUAAUAGCUAAUUUCAAAAUAACCAGGGGGUACAUUCCACUAUGACCACAGCCCCCACCCAUAGGCGGCAGGUAGGGGCUCUAAAAUGUAAUGGGGGCGGACAUUAAACUGUCUCUUCAGAUAAGUGGAGUCUAUUUAAAAUCAAGAAGAGGGAUGGACAAGGCUUUGUGCAGCCCUCUACUUCCCUGCACAUUGGCUUUGGGUGGGGGUUAUUAAAACAAACAGGAGGUGGACAUGCUCAACCCUCCACCCAUGGGCUUCAGGUGGGGGUAUUAAUAACAUAAGGGAGUGUAGACAUGUUUUGUGUUUUUGGAGAUUUGGAUUUCACGUGAAUAGCCAAUCGCCCAAAAUUUGGACAAAUUGCGAUGCAAAGGUCUAGUAAAUAGAAUGGAACUGUUUAAAAAAAAAAAAAAAAAGAACUAUUUGUGCCAAGGAGAAAAUUAAGGAAUUAAGUAUUUAUAUUAUUUACUUUUAUCAGUGGACAUGAAAUGCUUUAAACACAAUGAUUCAUUGAUGUUGAAGUAAGAGGUUCAGAAGCUAUUCUAUAUGUCUGACAUUGGGGUUUUCGAAAGUCUGCUGUAUGUUUCUAUGACCACUUGUAAUGUGGGUCAUAAUUCAGUUAUGAUAAGGUUUUUUAAAAUCAAGUUAUGGGAAAAAAAUAUACACACACACAAACACAUAUUGAUCUAGAAAUAUAUAUAUUAAUGUAUAUACAGAAUUAAAACGCAUACCAUUUGUUAAAUAUUCCGCAUAAGAAUUAAAAAACAGGGACACAAUUUAAAAUAUUGUGAAAUUUUAUAUUA